AUGGUACGGUGCAACAGAUGAAAAGUCUGGAGCUAAAACACAGCACUGGGUGCUGAACGCAGGAGGGCCAGGCUUUGGUUCAGCCAACCAUCUCCGUUUUCUGUUGUGGAAAAUGGGUGCACCUCUGAUGGGGGUCAAUGAGAGAAUGUGAAACAUUUGCAGAUGCUAGGAGGUCCCAUUCUGUUGAAAUGCAGUCUUGUUGAUUAUCGUUGUGUUAUGGAAGUGUCCGAGAACUCAUACACAUGUGAUGAGGACUUAUGGACACAGGCACUUCAUGAGAUGUGAGCCUUUUACUCUCUUUCCUGUUUCUUUUUUCUUUUUUUUUUUUUUUUUUCUUUUGAUGAAGGAUGACCCUGAUCUCUGCCAUGUUUCUUCUGGUUCCCAUGGUGACUAUAGCUCAUAGAGGGAGGGAUGUUCCCUAGCAACUGUCCCUGCCGUUCAGCCUUCACACCACCUCCGUUCCUGGACUUCAGCAGGACCUGUCUGCUUGUAAGAAUCACUGUGGCAUCGCGUCAGGGGCCAUGGAGCAGGGGGUGCUAGAGGUCCCACCAUCCCCCGCACCUGAUGUGGCAGAAAGUGACCCUGUGCUGGCCAGCAAUACAGCAGUGAAACCCGAGGAAGAAAAAAAGGAGCAUCUUCCAGCAGGCUUAUGUCCCAGCAGACAGAGAACAUCCCAAAGGAGCUCCAGCAGAGCCUCUUGGAAGACCUGCAAGAGCCCAGCAGCUCAGGGAACAGCAAAGACCUCCACAUCUAUUAAAUGCCGGGCAUCUCUUUCCGCAAAGUGUAUCCAGACGAAAAGACAGAGCAAACAGAAUCUCCAUGCCAAAACUCCCCCCGCUCAGGGCCAUCAUUCAAGAAAACUUGAAGAGGAAAGAGAAGAUGGCUCUGCCACCAAAGACCCCAAAGCAGGGCAUGAGCCAGCAAGGAGGACCAGCACUAACUGCCUGUGUGCAAUACCCAGGCAGAGGGAGUCGGAGGACACCAAACCCAUUUCAAAUGCCACAGAACCAGUAGCGAGCCAGCACCAAAUGCCGGGCACUAGAGUGCCUGGAUCUCCCCAGAAGACCACCAAAGCUAGCUGUGAAAAAGCCAAGGAGACCUCCAGCAGAUUGAUUACCAAAGGGUCCUUAUCAUCACUCGGGCCAGAUAUGAAAGCAGAGUGGAAGCUGCUUCUGCAGAAGAGAAACAGCUUGAUCCAUGAAAACAGCAAAUAUAAAUUUUCCAGUGCAGAUGAACUUGCCAGCAGUGAAGAGGAACGGCGGGCUCUGUGCAAGGCAGCGCUAAUCAUAGGACAGAAAAGACUCAGCGACCGCACCGAGAUGCUAAAAAACCCCCUGGAGUCUUCGACAUUUGCUGAUUACAAUGAGCUGGGUUUUAACCUGAGGUCAAACAUCUUCCAAGGUGGCCCACUGGAGACCAGGAGCUUGAUGAAAGAUUCCUACACCCCCGAUGUAAUUCAGAAGGCGAUCAGGGAUCCCAAAAAUUGGCAUGGAAGGAGGACUGAUGAGCUAGGGAAAUGGCAUCAGAAAAAUGCCCUAAAUCUCAACUUGCAGAAAGCGUUGGAGGAGAAGUACGGGAAGAAAAAAGGCAAGCUUUAGAAGAUGAAGGAUAGGAACUGGAGUGCAUUCAGCCGGGGAUCUUCUUCCUCCGCCAUCUAAUAAACCUCCGUGUAGAGCACCAGCUCAUUGCUGUUGUCAACGACAGAUUUGUUGCUGGUGCGCUGUUCCCCGCUCAAUUAGGGUAUCUUUGGGGAGAGCAGUGCAAGAUAAAUCUGAAUGCAAGAAAAGAAAAAUCACUCUGUUGGUCACUGGUAAGAUGGGCCUGCCUGGGGUGUGGAGCACACACCCUUGCUGAGGGUAGAAAAUCAUGGUGGUGAGAGGAGGCCGUAUAAGCACAGAAGGGGAUUCCUGAUGUGUUUUUCUCACUGUAUAUAAUGGUCCCUAUUGCAGGAUCCUGCCUUCCAGCUCCAUGAAGUGUACCAGUUUGGUGCAGCAACCAUAAAGUACGUGUCUGGGAGCAGCAAUGCCCUGAGCCUUCCCCCCUGGUCCCAAGCUUUCAUAGUUUUAAAAGACUGAUGCUUUUCUCAGUGAUAUGAAAUGUUUAGAGGCAGAAUUAGGAUUGUUACUCCACCCUUCAUUGGUUGGGGGUUAGGUAACAAUAUGCUGACUUCAUAAAAGCAGUGAAGGAUGUUAAAAUAUAACUGGCAGUAAUCAAGUGAUUAUUUUCCACCAGCAAUAAUUAACCAUUCGGAAUUCAGAUAUUGCCAGGCACACGCUCAAGUCUUUCAAUUAUGGAGAAUGGCCAAAUGGCAGCUUGUAGAAAUCUCCCUGUAGGAUUUUUCCUUGUGCAUCAGUACCAAGAGGCUCCUGCCUGAGCACACACUACUCAACUGCAGCUGAACAUCACGGCCCUGCAGGAACACCCUGUUCUGCUGCUGCUUCCAGCACUGAUGACAAACAUGUCUCCAGGUACAUAAUAAGUGCUGUCUUCUGAAACUGUGGCAAAUCCUAAUCCAGAAAACACGGAGGUGAACAAAAACCUACUGAUACUGUUUGGCAUACUGAAAGCAGGCAGUUCAGGGCACAGUUAGCUAAUAUAUACACCACAUAACGUGGGCUGAAUCAGCAUCAGAUUCACAGGUCUCUUUCUAAUGUCUGGGCAGACAGACUGCAGAAUUAUGGUAAAGCUUGAAGCAAAUGCCCUUUGCUACCCAUGAGAGGCUAAUGAAGAGACUAGAUCAGAAGGGAAACAAACAGACUGUCAGGUCUUGCACCACUACACCCUGCCACAAACCAUGUUUUUGCCUUCUGCAGUGAAGAGCCGUAAGGUCAUUUUGCACAUUUUUUACAAAUUGAAAUGCUUAUAAGCACUUAAAUAAUACAAAGCAGAUUGAAUUGUGUAAUAGCCUCAAAUGAGUGACAGCCCAUUGAUGACAAAUGAACGCAUACACGUGCAAUCCCCCUUCAUCUUCCUUUCUGCUAUGCCAAAUGACAGAGCACAGCCAGGGGCAAACGCUUUCUGAUGGGUGGUACAUUGAAAGCUGCAGAAAUAACUGAGAUAGCUUUCAAGGAGAUGGCUCAGCUUCUGGAACUGAUCAAUACCUGAAGUCUCUGAGUGCUGAACAGACUAAUUUAGACAGAACCUUGGCUAGGAACACCAACAAGUGGCACUCCAUGAUGACUUUGAGUAUCCAAACAUGCAUAUUUAAAGCCAGCUUUGAAAUCUCCAAAUAGCAUGUCAGAUACAGGUAGGCAUGAACUGGGCUGAAAUGAGCACAAAAUGCAGCUGGAAGUCUCCCUUCUGCUCAUUCUUUUCCUCUCAGCUGUUUUUCGUUCCUGUUUGCUUACUUACCUGCUCACACUGAAAUGAUUCAACUUGAUAAAUCAGCAGAAAAUCAAUAAAGAAGAAAAAAGCAAAGUUAA